AUGACGGACGAAAAGCCCAAGGAUCUCCUCGCCCUCGUAUGGGUACACGGUUUCAAAGGCAACGACGUGACUUUUGAAGGCUUCCCAGACCGCGUUGUCCGCAUUUUGGAACAGACACACCCGAACCUCCGCGUAGAAUCUCACGUGUUCCCUGCGUACGAGACCCGUGGCGAGCUUAACCAGGCAACCGAGAACUUUGUCGAAUGGCUCGCGACCAAGGUCGUGGUCAUGGAGAACAAUGCGGGGAACGGACGAGGCGCAGGUAGCGCCAAGGUCGUGCUCAUGGGUCACUCGAUGGGCGGCUUGCUUAUUGCCGACGCGACGCAACGGAUCGCUGCUAGUACACGGGAAGGAGACCCGCUAUGGCCCAAGGUGGUGGCUACUGUUGCUUUCGACACCCCGUAUCUCGGGUUGCAUCCUCACGUCUUCAAACACCAGCUGUCCGAAGCUGCGGGCUAUGUUGACACGGCACGUGUUAUUGGAUCCAACCUGGCAAUGCUGUCACCCUUGGCGAUCGGCUUUGGUUUCGGCAAGGCCAAGCAGGCCGAAGCCGAGAAGGAGGAGCAGGGCAAACGCGCACCGGCGGCCCAGACCGCCGAGACGUCAACAUCGUCGUGGUGGAAGACACCAAAGGCUGCCGCCGGCCUCGGUGCGCUGGCCCUUGGCGCUGCUGCUGCUGGAACAGCCUACUACCGUCGCGACGACCUGGCGACAGGCUGGAAAUGGGGCUUUGACCACAUGACGUUUGUCAAGAACCUGUGGGACACGGAAGGCAUGAAGAGGCGAAUGGAGGGCAUUGAGACCAUGAGGCAGAGCCACAACGUGACAUUUGCAAACUUCUUCACCCUCAUCCCUCCGGCCGGCACGCAAACGAAGCGGACGUUCGCCAUUCUGCCACCGAAAUCGGACCCCUUGAUUUCGCGGUGGCUCCCGGCCAAGAACACUGUCGCCAAGGACGAAAUCUCGGCCCACAUGGGCAUGUUCAACCCCCGCGAAAACGAUGGGUUCUACGACCUGGGACUUGCUGUGGUUGGCAUGGUCGCCGACAGGAUCGAGCAGGAAGGCGUAGAGCGUGGAGUAGCGCCGGAGGCCGACACAGAGGCACUGGUGCCCUAUACCCCGGCGGCGGAUGCGGCUGAGAAAGUCCCUGUUGUUAACGACUUGUUAGAUUGA